AUAAAACACAGGCAGGCAAUCCUGGAAAGAACCCCGCCGCUCGCUGGUAGAUAUUCCGUAACUAUCGUCGCCGGCGCUUACCUCCGACCGACUGCCGCCCCGCUACUAGCUUUGCCUCCUGCCACGGCCGUGUUGAUAAUCGUCGCUGAUUAGCCAUUGCUUGGCCGCUAUUGCCACCGUUAGUCCACAGGAAACGAGGAAGAAAAAUUAAAGCCCGAGUGCAUAUUACUCUGUAACUAUCUCACCUUCCUCUCCCUGCCUCUCUCUGACUUACUGCCAUAUAUACGCAUACCUCUCUCUUGCAGUCUUGCUUAAUUCUCAGAGAUGAGCUAGGGCAAGAAUAGUGGAGUAGGAAAAUUGGCGAAUUUAUACCAUCAUUAGUGUUCCUUUGUGAAAGUCCAUGGGAUGACAUUAGCUUUUCCAGUCGCCAUGAAGUUUGCGGUGAAGACAUGGAGCAAUGGUAAGGCACGAGCUGGGCAACUUCAACUGGGAAGCUGUCCUUCCCCAAUGGAAACGCCUGCUCUUCUCCUUUCUACUCGUAAAGGGCUGCCUCUAUUUAUCUCGCCUGACCUCCUUCCUGAUUUGCCUUAUCCGGACUCUGCUCUUCUCCAUGUUAGCCCGCUGCACUUUGUGGAAACCAUGUCACCAAAUAUCAUAUCAAAGCUUGGAGGACUAAACCAAAUGCUUGGAUUGCAUAGGCAUGCUUUCGCAGCCUUUCCAAGGGAUUCUGUUCAGUGCCUUCCUGAGUUCGAUAGCAGCAAUAAACUAGGAGCAUCUUUUGACACACCAAGUGGCCGACGGCUUAUUAAACCUGUAGAUUAUAUGGAGCUGAUUUGUUCCCUGAAACCAAGUCUGUGGGCCACCUUGGCUGAUGAAGUACCCGGGUGGGUGUCUGACCAUAGGAACAAGGCUUCUGUUGAUAGAACUGUAAAAUGGCUCGAUGACUGCAUCUCGCAAAGCCCGGCGAGUGGAGCGGUUUUUGGAGCUAUUGUUGGAGGUUCUGAUAAAGAGCAAAGGAAAAGAUGUGCACUAGAAGUCUCCAAAAGAAAUAUAUCAGGUUACUGGAUUGGAGGAUUCGGUUUUGGAGAGAGCAUGGAUGAUCGCCCAGCUUUGCUUAAUGAAGUAACUGACCAUCUACCUGGAGAAAGGCCUCGUCUCAUCUCUGGUCUUGGGUUGCCAGAGGAGGUGUUGCAGGGUGUUGCUGCUGGAAUUGAUCUGUUUGACUCAUCGUAUAUCUACCAUCUCACGCUUGGCGGGUUUGCACUGACCUUCCCAUUGGACCUACUUAAUUUAGCUGAAGAAUUUCCUGAGAAAACUAUGGGGAUUGAUCAGAGCAAGAUUAAUUUGAAAGCAACUGUCUACAGGAAGGACACAGGCCCGAUUGUAGAAGGCUGCGUAUGCUACACUUGUCGGAAUCACACGAGAGCUUACAUCAAUCACCUUCUGAAUGUCCAUGAAAUGCUGGCUCAGAUUUUGCUUGAAAUACACAACACACAUCACUAUCUUGGAUUCUUCCAGGCCAUCAGAAGUGCAAUCAAGGAAGACAAGUUCGAGCGAUUUUGCGACAUGUUUCUCCAGAAGCGACGUGAUCAUCUUACUGCUGCUGUAGCCGUCGGUGCCUAAGGCAACUUUUCUGGUUCCCAACAGUUAUGUAGUUAAGGGGAGGAGUCCCUCCCUCAUACGAGCUAAAGGUUAUGUGUGUGUAUAUGAGUAUAUCGUAGUAGGAUUCCUUUUCGAAAGCUGGUUAUGCUGUUGUCAGUAGUAUUGUACUUUUUAUUUUAUGGAAAGGCCUUGUAGUCGUAUAGCCGUCUAACACAAGUUCCUUUGGAAUUCUACUUAGAAGCCCUUCGUAUCCAUUAAUUGUGUGGUAGUGUUAAUUAGAUUGGGGCAAUGUGAAGGUUAAAUUUAUGGAUCGCAUGAAUGCAAAUUAGAUAGAAAUUUAAAAGUUCAGGGAUAUUUACAAUUGAUGUAAAAUACAGGGAUCUUGAAAUACACUUGAUAGUGGGGUUCA